UCCAAGCAGUGCAUACUAUGUUAUGUGAGCAUGCCAAGGGUUACAAUCGGAACGCUCCCGUCACCUCCUGAAAGCCGGUUUUCGCUGCAGUGACACGACCAGCAAUUGCCGCUGGAUGCAUGAUAAUAGAUUGAGCAAGACGCUGCUUCAUUUCAUACAUCUAUAUUGGUGUUCUACUCGUCACGUGCAAAAUGGGAAGAAAAGGCCCUACCAUAUUUUGAAAAUAGACGAUAUUCAUCAUGAUAUAUUGAGCUCACCAGCUUCUCAACCACACCUAAUGGUGACUACAUCCACUGGACGGCUCUGUCAUGGCGCCACCACUGCGAGGAAGAAUUCUACUCCUCAUUGUUGCCACCAUGUGCGCAACAAUCCUUUUCUUAUGCGGCUUUCAAAUUCGGCCAUUCGGUGGCCGACGAGUGACUAGAGGCGAUGCGUCGGCGGGAUGCCUCCAGUGGAUGCCGGUCCCGUCUCCAGAGACGUUCACCGAAACCGAGGCCCCUGCUGUACCGACAGUGUACGUGGUCACGCCCACAUACCGGAGGCCGACCCAGAUGCCUGACCUGGUACGCGUUGCGCAGGCUCUCAUGCUCGCCACGGGAGUAUUCUGGGUUCUCGUCGAAGACUCCACCCGACCCACAGAGGCAGUCUCCCGUCUGCUUCGCGACUGCAGCAUCCCGCAUGUCCACCUUCUGGGACCCUGCCCACAGGAGCUGAGAACACGGGCCAAGGGUCGGGGGGUGUCGGCACGCCGUACGGCUCUUGCCUGGUUGCAGGCGAACGCCACGUUACCUGGAGUCCUGUACUUUGCCGACGAUGAUAACACCUACGACUAUCGGUUAUUCGACGAGAUCCGAUGGACACAGGCUGUGAGCGUGUUCCCGGUGGGAUCCAUGAAGAUCACCGGCUUCAGCAGUCCCGUGGUGGUGGACGGCAGCGUGGUGGGUUUCCACGACCCAUACCUCCACAAGCGACGCUUUGCCGUCGACAUGGCCGGCUUCGCCGUCAACCUGCGUCUGCUGAUCAACAACACAAACAUCUCGAUGCCCCACAUGGAAGGUCGCCAGGAAACCGAAUUCCUCGAAAGCCUGAACGUAUCGCUUUCGGACCUCGAGCCGCUGUGCGAGAACGCCACAAAGGUUCUCGUCUGGCACACGCAGUCGAAGCCGUCUGCGUUCCCGACAGCAGCAAAAAUUAACAGGAAAUAUCUGUCGCUAAAGACAAAUCUCAACGCCCUGAUACGCUACAUAAACUAUUAGCGAUCGAAAUAACUUUUGGGUGACGUCUUCGGAAGCUCGCGGAAUCCAAAGUGCGUUUCGCUGUUCUCUUGUACUCGACCUGUUCGUGGUAUUGAGACGAAUAUGGAGCAGAUUUCAUCGCCGAUUUCCGCGUCUGGCGAACUCUUCAAGGAAGGCCGAUGGGAUGUUGCUCGAGUUCCACGUGACUCAACGUGAUUCAACUGCUGAAAACAAGAGCGCCAAGAGAAACUGGUGGAUGUGUGGAUCAUGCGUGAACGUCGUGUGAUUUAACAGGGAUAACUGUGGCCGGUGCAACACGUCGUGGUCUCAUCAGCUGUCGAAGUAGUUUAGAAAUCGUUUCACUGCUCAUAUUGUUCUCCUUAUUCACAAGCCCCUGAUACUCCGUAAUACAUAUUAGCACUGCCUUCAUAUAUAUAGCUGAGAAGGCUCGUAUCUUCUGUGAAGACUGCAUUUUGCCUCUGUUUCACUUAUCGUGAUCUUAGUGAGCAUCUGCUAUGUGGUAAUUAUGUGGGUGAUGAUCAUUAAAAUGCUAGCAUUUCGUUGGUAUCAAUGUACAUCGUCAUAAUGAAGAUCCAGCAUUUUUCCCAUGAAACUUAGCCCUAUCGCUUCACAAGCGACAAUUGUUUCUUGUAGCGAGAACACGAAGCAAGCGUUAGCAGGCUACAGUGUGGAGUAGGGACUUAAACAUAGCUUAUUCUGUGUUGGUGCUCCGUGUUUGAGUGUAUGUUCUUACUUAUAUGUGUGCCUACUAGCGCCCUAAAGCAACCUUUAGUAAAACCGCAUCAACUUGUCCAAGAAGGGGCUUUGCAAACAUAGUUUAUUCUCACCGUGAGUUUGCUAGAUUAAGAGAGAAUGUCUCGUGUGCAUUCAAGAAUUCCUAAGUACUCUUCUUUUACGAUUUCGAGCGCAUUUCCCGGCCAGUAAUUGAAAGACAUAUAAGAACAGAGCUCACUUUAAAGAUCAUGAAUAAUUCGAGUCGUGUCCUCUGUACGAACAUGUCAUUAUAGCUGCUUAAUACAAUAAAAGUGUGAU